AUGCUGCUGCUGCUGCUGCUUCCGCCAGGGGGCGACGCUGCGGCUCCCAUCAGCUGCUACAAUGACCGAGGGGCCCCUGUGGACUGGUUUUAUGUGUACAAACUGCCCCGGCAGGUGGAGGGGGUGGAGGGGGUGGAGGGGGAGGAGGGGCUGAGGUACCUGCUGCUGGAGAAGGACAGUGAGCAGUGGGCAGAGGGAGCAGUCGACAUUAACAACACCAGAGGAGCAGUGGGCAGGACGGUGGACCAGCUGUACUCUCAGAGCUCAGACGUGGCAUAUGUCCUGUACAACGACCAGAGUCCUGUGGAGAGCUCUGCAGCCCAGCGCUCCUCUGGACACACCAAAGGAGUGGUGGUCCUGGACAAAGGUCAGGGGUUCUGGUUGGUCCACAGUACCCCUCACUUCCCUCCUCCCAGACAGACUGGAAACUACUCGUACCCUGAGACUGGUCUGCACUACGGCCAGAGCUUCCUGUGUGUGACCUUCCCUCUGGAGCGCUUCCAAACCAUCGGAGAGCAGCUGCACAUAAACCAGCCUCAUGUGUUUGACUGCCACCUCCCGGAGGCACUGGCUUCACUGGUGCCUGCCCUGGCCAGUCUGUGCCCCACGCCCCCCUACCCACAGAGACCUCACCCCCCUCCCCUCACCCCCACUCCCUCCAACCGCAGUGUGGUCCUCAGCUCCAGCCAGGGCACACACUUCAUCAGCUUCGCCAAAGGAGCCGACUUCAACGAUGACCUGUACCAUGGCUGGGUGUCCCCAUCCCUGUGCUCCCCUCUCCUGGUGCAGUUCUGGGUACGUUCCUCUGGGGUGCUGCCCUCAGACUGCUCUGGGGACUGGGCUGUCCUGAACGUCCAGCAGCUGUCCCCUGGAGGAGUGUCCUUCCCCUCCAGCCGGGACCACUCCAAAUGGGCCGUGAGUCCCCAGGGCCAGGGCCAGGGCCAGGAGCCGGGGGGGUGGGUCUGUGUGGGGGACAUCAACAGGAACCAGGCGGAAGAGCACAGAGGAGGGGGGACAGUGUGUGUGCAGGACCCCCAUGUGUGGAAGGCCUACAGAAGCGCUGCUGAGCUGUGUGAGGACUGUGGGGGACACAGCUCCACCUGCUGA